AUGGAACGCGGGAAGGCGGCGGCGGCGGCGGCGGAGGCGGAGGAAGAGCGGGAGGAUGACCUCAUGGAGACGUGUGAGGAAGUCGGCGGCGGCGAGAUGGUGGCUUGCGAGCUUGAGGCGGCGGCAGCUCUGGCGGGGUUGGCUAGGCAUAGGAGUUCCGCGUUGCCCGGCGGCGCUGUCAGUUCCGGCGAGAUGGAGAGUCAAUUUCCGCCUGCAACGGAUGAGUCAGUAGCUACUCAAAACAUUGGUGAUAGUUAUGUAUCUUCUACAAGUGCAAUUACAGUUUCUGAAAGGACUGAUCGGAAAAUAGUCGAAAAUACGGCCAGCCAGUUGUGCAGCACAAGCUGUCAAUCGACCAAGUUACGGCCGAAACUAACCGAGGCUGAGAAGCAAGCUCGGAAGCUUCAUCGUGUAUUGGCAAACAGAGAGUCCGCCAGGCAGACAAUUCGUCGCCGGCAGGCUUUGUAUUUCGAGUUGUCCGGUAAAGCAGCCUACUUGUUUGAAGAGAACGAGAGCUUGAAGAAGGAAAAAGAGGUGGCGGUAAAACAGUACGAUUCUUUAAAAGACCGAAACGAAGUUCUUAAAGCAGAGCUGGCUAAACUAAAGAAGGCUGAACAACUGUGGGGCCCGGAAGAAGAUCCGAACACAUCAUCAUCGUCCAGGCCCGAUGAAACUUCUUCCGCAAAUUCCAUCUAUUUACAUAAUCGCCCUUCAUUAGUUUCUUGCUUUUGGCCCUCCCUUUUCCCAUCUUCCGAUAUUUUACAAUCCCAAUGCGGGCCCCAUCUUUCCUACGGUACAAGUUCGUCGCAAGGACAAGAAAACCCAAUGGGGGCUCCUGUAUUGCUAUUCCCAGUACCCUUUUUGCUACCCUUCCAAACUCCCAACGAAGGAAAAAACACCGAAAAUCAAAGCAAUAUUUGUUCUUGUUCGGUGGCUCGUCCCAAUGAAGAAAACAAUAGCAAUAACAAUAACAAUAGCCAGGUAGACGAUACUUCAAACGCAAAUGACGUUCCUGCCCCCGAGAGUGCGACGCAUGUCGGUUCGGCGGAGGAGAAUCGAGAGCCGAGAAUGUAA